ACUCGAGACUACAACGCAGCCCUCGAGAAGUUGGCUCUCCUCCAGUCCAACCGCAUCGUCACCAGCCUCUUUGAAUCAUCAGAGAAAAAGUCUCCCCAGGACCUCAAUGCGCUCGCCAUCCCAGAAAUGCUGGAAUGGCUUCGGCGCGCAGGAUACACGCCCCAAGACCUCAGUCGCAUGCGGCACAUUCACGUGGCGGGCACAAAGGGCAAGGGCUCCGUCUGCGCGUACGCGACAGCCAUGCUGACGAAGUAUCGGCCCGUGGGGACGUAUACGAGCCCGCAUCUUGUGAAUGUGCGGGAGCGCAUCGCUAUCAAUGGCGAGCCUGUCGGAAAAGAAGUAUUUGCCAGUGCCUUUUUUGAAGUCUGGGAUCGAUUGACGGAGGCUGCUGUGAAGGAGGGCAUGGCGCCUGCUGAGGCUGAAGGUACGGCGUCGAAGCCGUUUUACUUUCGUUUCUUGACGAUUCUUGCGUGGCAUAUCUUCCUCAAGGAAGGGAUCAAAGAUGUGGUUAUUGAGUGCGGCAUUGGCGGCGAAUAUGACUCGACGAAUGUACUACCCGCGGAGGCUGUUUCGGCUGCGGUUAUUUCGCAAUUGGGGAUUGACCAUGUGGCAAUGCUGGGGGACACGGUGGAGAAGAUUUCAUGGCACAAGGCAGGGAUAUUGAAGCCUGGGGUCAAGGGAUUUACAUUGAAGUUGGAUGAACAGCCGGGAGUCAUGAAGGUGCUAAGAGAGAGAGCCGCAGAAAAGAAGGCCGAGCUGGUGGAGAUUGAAAAUGAAGACAUUGAGCAAUGGGGUGGUGUCAGUGGUCUGUUGAAGGGAGAUUUUCAGAAGAAGAACCAAGCGCUGGCUGUCGCGGCUGUGAGGGAGCAUCUUGACAUGAGAGGAGAUGGGCCGCUGGAGAAUAUCCCCGAGAAGAUGAUUCAAGGACUGCAGGAGGCGAAACCCAGGGGCAGAUGUGAGGUUGUCAAUGACGGGACGGCAGAGUGGCUCUUGGACGGAGCA